GUAAUAACCGCGCUUUCAAAAGCUCUCAUGCCAGCAGCGGCAGACGACAGUUACGUUGCGGUGCCUACAGAAUUUAUUACCGGAAGAAAAUGCGACGACUUGUAUGCUCCAUCGAAUCCCUUGAGUUCGUUUCCUCCAAUAGUGGUGGAGAUGCAAAAGAAGGUUGAUCAUAAGUUUCUGACUCGCGUCAUUCAAUACUGUACGCUCACAUUUGAGCGCUACAACUCGGCA